GGGAGCCCUUGGUGCAGUCACCAUUGAACCUUGUCACAAUUGCCAUCUGCAGAUUGCCUAGCAUUUGACUAGAAGAUACGGAUUUCUAACCAAGAAUAUGGUGGUGGUACAGGGUGCCUCUUGGACUGUAGAUUAAAGCAGAGCUGCAGCAGGAAUGGAUGUCAUCUGGAGCAGCACACGUCAAAACAGGGCAGUGUGAGAGGCACCAACCCCCGUGGACAGCAGCAAGCAGCCUGCAGAACAGGAUUUUGAUUCUUGAUGCAGUAGUUAUGUGGAGCCUCAGUUUCCAGCUGUAAAGGAAGUGAGCAAGCUUUCCACUGUUAUCAAAGCACUUAUUAGUGUUAGAUGAAGAAUCUUCGGGAGAAGGAGAAGGAGAAUGAGAGACAGAAACGAAGAGAGACAGAGACAGCGAGAGGAAUGAUUACGUAUUGCGCAGUCAAAGGUGACACAUGGAGAUGAAUUAACACUGUGAAACAGAAGGAAAGAUUGCUUUUCCCCCUGUACUUUGUUAUGUAGAGAAAUACAAGGCCUGGUUCCUGUGGCAGAAAAACUUCAGCUAUUUUUUUCCACUGAUUAUUUUAAUUUGGUGUCACUUCUAAAUAUCUGGAGACAUCUGAAGACUCGUUUUAAGCACGGUUAACAUGACCUACACAAGACAUGAAGGCACAGGCGCUGUUCUAUCUCUUCUUCGUCACCCUGUUUCCUUGUGGAUCUCACGACCUCUUCUUCCCAGUCUUCUCCAGUCACCUCAUUAGUGAUAAUGAGCAACUCAUUCUUGGAAGAUAUGAUGAAGAUGUAAUCCUCCCUUGUCCAUUUAAGAAUGGGCCUCAAAUUGUAAUUCACUGGAAAAAUCAAGAUAAAAAUGUUCAUACAUACUACAACGACAUGGAUCAUUUGGAAACACAGGAUCUAAGAUAUGCAAACAGGACAUCCCUCUUUCAUAGUGAAAUUCACAAUGGGAAUGCCUCUCUAAAUGUCAAAAGAUUGAGCCUUCUGGAUGAAGGAAAUUAUAGUUGCUAUGUGUCAACAACGAUUAGUCAAGCCACAACAAAUGAGGUGAAGCUGAAAGUGGGGGCUUUCCAAACACCUGUAAUGAGGUAUGAGAAGAGGAACGUAGGGAGCUUUCUGGAAUGCAGUAUCCUGAGACUUUAUCCUCAAUCCAAUAUCACAUGGAAAAUGGACAAUGCAGCUGUCUCUGAAAGCAGCUCUGAAAAAACUGGGGAUCCGGGUCCAUUUUAUAUUAAAAGUACACUGAACGUUACAGGAUCACAUUCAUCCUUUGAGUGUGCUAUUAAAAAUUCACUUCUCAGUCAAACAUGGAGAGGAAGGUGGACAUUGGCAGGUAUUCAUAGGAUGAAUCAAAGAGAAUCCAUCUCACUCUGGUGUGCAGUCAGCAGCAAUUUUUCUUCAUCAGAUCGAGACUACCAUGUUACUUGGUCCAAAGUAGAGAAUGGGAAAUACUCUGUAUUGGCAACUGGGCCCUCCACGGAACACAACUAUUACCAACAUUCAUGGAAUAAAGAGCGGACAGAUAACAGUGCCUUAUUCAUGACUUUGAAAGAUCUUCGUGCUUCAGACAGUGGGGAAUACUUGUGUAAUAUUUCUUCAGCUAAGUAUACUUUACUCACCGUCCACAGGCUGCAUGUAGACUCUAAGAAGAGAACUCCAUGGCCAAUAUUUGCUGGAGUUUGGAUCCUUUUACUGUUUGUUUGCUUUAUUUGCUAUAAACUGAGAAGACACUGUGUUGGCUGCAAAGAUGCUGUGACCACCAGUCCUUCGGCUUCUGUAUUGAGAUGUAAGUACAUUAAUGGGACCAGAAGAAACAGAUACUCUGUUGAUGAAGACCCAUCUAUCCAGGAUCACCGGCCAGAUGAAGGAGUAGAUUGUGGUUCUGAUGAUGUAAUGGAGCACAGUUCAGGUCAAGAAGUGUUUCCUGUCUCUGUUGAUCAGAGUGUUCCCGAUGGUGAUAACUCCACUGACAGUGACUAAAACAUCGUUUUCUUUCUCAAAUCAUGCUCAAUGCAAAGAUGAGCAAAAUAAAAAAAGGAAGGAAUGAAAGAAUGAAAGAACAAAGGAAGGAAGAAAGAGACAGAUGUGGAACUGAAGCCUGUAAUUACCAACACUUGCGAAGUAGACACAGGAAGCUGAGAAGCUUGAGGCUGGGCUGAGUUGUUUAGCAAGAUGCUGUCUCAGAGAACAAUAGAAAACCAUCUCUACCACCACCAACAAAGGAAAUUAUUAUUAAUAUUAUUUUUUACUAACUUAGCCAUCAUUAUAUAAGACUUGGGGGUGGGGAGAGGAAAGAGGAAUUCCAGGAUAAUAUAGUAGAAAAAAUACAAUUAGGUUUUUCUCAGCGAA